AUGCAUGUUAGGGAGCUUCAUCCUCAGGUCUGUGUAGUAGGAGGAGGUUCUUCAUCGCAUCCGGUACGCUCUUAG